UGACGUAGCAUUUCAGAGAAACAGACAAAAUUCGCAUUUUUUCGUCAGCAGCAAUGGAAAAUUGUAUUCAAAAACAAUAUUUAAGCGGCAGUACAUUGAGAACACGAUGACACAUCUAGAUGCUAUUGAUGACCCAUUUAUGACGACAAUCGGUCUCGAAGAUGAUGAGCCGAUGUGCCGAAUUUGUCAAAACACCGUACAGCGAAUGAUAGGGAAAGAGGAAUUAAUCAAGCCUUGUCUAUGUAACGGUACACUCGGAUAUGCACAUAGAUCAUGCAUGGAGCAAUGGCUGACGCUUACAGAAAAGAAGAAAUGCACUAUUUGUGAGUUCACGUUCAAGACAAAGACUGUUUUGAAACCAAUCACUCAGAUUAGCUCAGGAGGAGCUAUUAAAAGAAGCAAAAAGAGGGAAAGUACGAGCAGAAACCAUGGGAUCCAUGGGUUGGCAGAGUUGCCCAAUUCCACCAGCAAACAAACGAUUUCUCACCAAUGUCUUAAAGAGCACAAUUGAACCAAAAAAGAAGAAAUUGAAAACAGAGACUGUAAAUGAGGAGAAAAGUAGAAAAUCUAGUCACAGUAAAAGCAGAACAGAAAAGGAAUGUGGUAAAGAAGAAGAAUGGAAGAGAGAGAGAAGUCCAAAGAGGCAUCACAAACGUCAUUCCAAGGAAAAGAAAUUAUGAUGCAGGGACCGCGCAGCAAAUUCUUUUUAAGUGGUUUGUGUGUUUUUUUAAGUGGCUUGUAAGUGAAAUUGGGGGGGGGGGGGUACACUACAAAGAAUGUAUAAAAAAGUUUAUCAUUUAAGGGAGGGCAUAAGCUUGCUGGCCCCCAUCUGUAUGGUGCUCUAUGAUCUGAUUAUCUUCAGUGUCAUGUUUUGAAAGAUCAACCAUGGUAAAUUUUGAAAGCAGUCUAAUAUUGUCUAUUAAAAAUUAUAUUUAUUGUCAUCCAUGUAUUUCAAAAAAGCCUUGUCAAUGCAAAUGGCAAAUCACAAUUGGAAAAUAGCAGUACUUCUUCUAACACAGGAUACUUUUGGGCCUUAACAUAUUUCUACAAAAUACACAAAAAUGUGGAUAAAUAAUAUGAUUAGUUUAUUUACAAUCUUAUUCUUGUAAAGGUUAUAAUUGAAUAAGCAGCAGUCAGUCUCUGAACUGCUAUUAUCCAUUUGCCAUCUGCACUGACAAUGUUUUUUAUUUGAUAAGUGUAUAUUAUGAAGGAAAUUUAUAAAAUAUUUUGCUAAAAAAAUAUUAGUAGUGAAUGUUGUAUAUUUAUUAUUAAUUACUAAAUUACUAAUUACUAACUUCUCUGACUGUAAGAAUAUUUUUUUACUGGAUCUUUUUGUUUAGGCCUUUGUGUACUAGAUUUUACAAAUACAAUGUUUUUUCAGUAAAUAAUAAAUUUAGAUAGGAAAUAAACUUUAUCUUUUGAA